GUGCAGGUCUUGUGAUGCUGUGCAAGUAUCUCUGUCUGGUUGUUGCGGGGAACGGGCACUACAGGAGCUCUGUAAGUGAUUGAUUAAAGUUGGGAAGAUUUGUCUUGCUUCGACUCAACUAUGGAAUGGGAUCUGAGGCGCAGCCAGUCACUGAGGAGUCUCUCCUCACAAUCUGACAAGGCGAGCUGGACAGGCGCAGGACUUCAGGACAGGUCCAUAUCUGUGUCCCAGUUAGUGGCCAGGUAUCAAACUACUGUCAAAAAAAGCACAUUGAGUCAAGCUACAUCAGAGAACAAUGUUGAAGGAAAGACAAAGAAAGCACUGAAUGAGAUGACGCCGUCUCAAGUGCGAGACAGGGAGAGCCAUCUGGAGUCUCUGCUAAAGAGAAACGAAGAGCGAGAACGAGCUCGCUCCAAAGCCCCGCUGACCCGCAGCAGAUCGGUGGGCUGCGUCCAAAACAGCGGCGGCUCCAUAGAGGCCCUGAAGGCUCUCUUUGAGUCCAAGGCUACGGCGCCACUGAAACCGAAGAGCGGUUAUGGAUCUGGGAAUGUAGCGUUAAGUUGCACGGCGAACACCCCAGUGCUGAAUGCAGAGGCUGAGGAUGUGCAGAGUGCUGCAGAGGAGCAGAUAAAACCUGCUGAAACUAAAGCUAAAAGGGAGCCAAAAGACGAUUAUCUGACUCAAAAGGUGGUGAAUCUGACCCAGACAGAGAGUAGAAAAACGAUAGCUGGCAUUGAUUUCGAAAGGCUUGCAGCAUUGGAAGCUGAUGAAAAGAGGAGGUCCAGCUGGAGACUUCAGAGACACGAGGCUGAUGCAGAAGUCUGCCAGUGCCUGGCUGUUCGCAUGGCAACCACCAGGUCUCUGCUGUGGAUCUGCGGAGGGAAGGAGAUGCUGCACCUCUCCUUGCUCAUCCUCGUAGCUUUGUCUUAG